AUGUCAAAAAUCGUUGCCAACUGCCACAAGCUUCUGGAAGAGGAAAUCCUUCGUCGCUCCUCACAAAUUAUCUCCGUUGUUGGUGAUCAAGCUUACAUUUUCGGCGGAGAGCUGCGACCGCGUGAGCCUCGUGACAAUGAUGUCCACGCCGUUUCACUGAACAGUGAUCCAGAAAAUGCCACCAUUACCUGCAAACCGGCGACAUCCCAAUCUCCAUCUCCCCGUGUCGGUACUGCCUCGUGUACUCUCAAUGAGAAGAUCUACAUUUUCUCUGGCCGAGGAGGUGUCGAGAUGGCUCCUAUCGAGGAAGAGGGUGCGAUUUGGGAAUUCGAUCCGUCCGCAGCAACCUGGUCGCUCAUUUCCCCAUCGAACACGAUCUCACAGACACCUCCCGUGGCUCGGAGCUAUCACUGCAUGGCUAGCGACGGGAAGGAUACACUUUAUCUCCAUGCAGGUUGCCCGGAAAAAGGGAGAUUAGCCGAUCUUUGGGCAUUUAGUCUUUCCCAAAGAGUUUGGACAGAACUUGCUUCAGCAUUCGAUCCUCCCCGUGGAGGUACUUCGAUCGCAUUUGUCGAUGGCAAGUUGUAUCGAAUGAACGGAUUCGAUGGUCAUUCGGAACAGGGAGGGAGUAUCGACAUUUACUCACCUGAAACAAAUUCCUGGACUUCGCACUCGUAUCAGCCCGAUGGUAAAUUUGGUCCGACCCCGCGAAGUGUGGCUUCUUUGCUUCCGAUUCGUCUGGGAGGGAGGUCUUUCUUGGUCACAUUGUUCGGCGAACGUGACCCCAGCUCAUUGGGUCAUCAAGGAGCGGGGAAGAUGCUGCGGGACAUGUGGGCGUUUGACAUUGAAAGCCAAAAAUGGGAAGAAAUUAUUGCUCAAGGUUCCGAGCUUCCUUUCGCACGGGGCUGGUUUGAUGCCGAUGUUGCCGGUGAAAACACUAUUGUGGUUCAUGGCGGGCUAGGGGAAUCGAAUGAACGAUUGGGAGACGCGUGGACGAUCGAUUUCUGCUAA